AUGCCACCAAAGCAAGAUUCUAGCGCAGAUCGGAUGACUGCGAUUGAGGGUCAGCUUGGCGGACUCGCGAGCAUCAUCGAGGAUAUGCGAGCGGAGAUGAAAGCGAACAACCUUCGAGCCCUGGAGAAUGAGAAACGCGUGGAGGAGAGACACCGUCAAUCCCUCAUCGGUGUUACGAUCGCUGCGGUAACGAACCUGGAAAACCCUAGAUCUGUUAAGGAAGGUGCAGUGGAGGCACAACGUUCGUUAGAAGAAGGUCGUCAACCACAGGAGAAAGGUCUGCAGAUGCGAAGCGAGAAGGGAAUCCUAACCCUUCCGGAGAACGCGGUUCCGUUAAGAGCAGCAGAGAUUUCCAAGACACCGUUCACCGCAGGGUCUUCUGGUUACUCAGUGUUGCAGAAGAGUUCACCACCUCAGAAGAAGCUUGAGUUACCCGAUUUUGAUGGGAAAAACCCUGAUGAUUGGAUUUUUAGGGUGGAUAAGUGCUUCUCAGUGAACCAAACGGAAGAAGAGGAGAAACUUACUCAAGCAAUGGCGAGUAUGGUGGGGUGUGCGGUGACAUGGUUGAGGAUGAUUCAGGAUCGGGAUGAGCUAUUGGAUUGGAGGGAUUUUAAAAUGAAACUAAGAAGGAGGUUCAAACCCUCCCGAGGAGGAACCAUUCUUAGUCAAAUGCUGCGACUACGUCAGACGGGAACCAUAUCUGAAUACCGUGAGCAGUUUGAAGAGUUAUCUGCAGAAGUUCCACACGUUCCUAACGAUGUGUUGGAAGAGAUUUUCUUACAUGGUAUGAAGAGAAGCUUGAGGGAGCAAGUUGUGAGGUUGAGGCCAAUGGGUAUGGAUGAGAUAGUGGAUACAGCGAAGAUCAUUGAGGAGCAAGAAAAUGAUCGCCAUGCGUAUCACUCUCGACCAUUCCAGCGAACUAACUCAGCCCCAGCGCUUAACUCCAACCAGAGAAGCUCGAGUGUAUCUCCAUCUAAGCCGGGGGAAACCACUCCUGCAAGGAGGUCAUUGGAUGCACAACGAGAUGGUAAAGGAGGGGACCAGAGAAGGGCAGUGCAUAACCCGUGUAGGCAAUGUGGAGAGCGGUACUUUGCAGGACACAGAUGCAAAACAUUUCAAAAGUAUAAAUGUUUGGAGGUUGAAGAGGAGUCAGAAGGAGACGAGGAAGCUGAGGAUGAACUAGGAGAGGAACAGGAAACCAACAAUAAGCAAGAGCUACAGGUUCUCUCUCUACAAUCCAUGGUUGGCCUCACAACAAAGAGAGCCAUGAGGAUUAGAGGAAACGUUGGAGGAGAGGAGGUAGUAGUUCUGAUUGAUUCUGGAGCCUCUUGCAGUUUCAUCGCCACUAGGUUGGUAGAGAAGCUCGGCCUACCUGUAGUGCCUACCACGGAGUUUGGCGUGGCCAUUGGAGAUGGUCGAGUUAUCACUGGAAAAGGGAAGCGUGUAGAUCUCAAGUUGGUCGUUCAGGGAAUUGAGAUACAAGGUGAAUUUUUGCUGUUUGAGUUGGGAGAUACAGACAUGGUGCUGGGCUAUACGUGGUUGGCAUCGCUGGGAGAAACAAGAAUAAACUGGGGUCUGCAUAUCUUACGGUUCCAAGUUGACAAUGAGUGGGUAACGCUGGCCAGUGACCCUUCACUCGUGCGGGCUCAGGUGUCACUCAAGUCCAUGGAGAAGUUGUGUGGAAGUGAAGGAGGUGUUUACUUGUUGGAAUUGCAGGAGCUGUUUGAGAAUGUCGGCGAGCAGGAGCGGUUGGUAAAGCCGAGUCAUAACAUUCAAAGGCUGAUCCGACAAUUCAAGGAGGUGUUCAACAUGCCUACAGGGCUGCCGCCCAAGAGGUCAAGGGAGCAUGCCAUUACGUUGCACGAAAGAACAUCACCUAUUAACAUAAGACCUUACCAAUAUUCUCAUCUUCAGAAGAACGAGAUCGAGAAACUGGUACGGGAGAUGUUACAAGCCGGGAUUAUAAAGCCUAGUAUCAGUCCCUUCUCGAGCCCGGUAUUGUUAGUCAAGAAGAAGGAUGGUGGUCUACGUUUCUACGUCGACUACAGGGCGGUGAAUAAGAGUACCAUACCGGAUCGUUACCCCAUUCCAGUGAUUGAAGAGUUGCUCGAUGAGUUGGAAGGAGCAGCAAUUUUCUCUAAACUCGAUCUCAAAUCCGGUUACCAUCAGAUAAGAGUUAAGGCUGGUGACGUAGGGAAGACGGCUUUUAAGACGCACGAGGGCCAUUACGAGUUUCUAGUGAUGCCUUUUGGGCUCACUAAUGCCCCCGCGACGUUUCAGUCUGUGAUGAAUGACAUCUUCAAGCCGUACUUGAGAAAGUUCGUGUUAGUCUUUUUCGACGACAUACUGGUGUAUAGUAGAGAUGAGAAGGAGCACCAGGAGCACUUGAAGAUAGUGUUACAAGUGUUGAAGGCUCACCGUUUUUAUUACGAACGAGAAGAAAUGUGCUUUCGGGCAGAGAAGGAUCGCAUAUUUGGGUCACGUGAUCACCAAAGAUGGGGUUUCAGCAGAUCCGGAAAAGGUCGAAGCAAUGAAGAAGUGGCCACCGCCGAAGAACGUAACAGCCUUGAGGGGGUUCUUGGGGCUUACUGGCUAUUACAGGAAGUUCGUUUUAAGUUAUGGGAGGAUAGCUCGACCUAUGACUGA